AUGGAGGAGGCUGACCUGCUGAGGGAGAGGCUCCAGGCCAUCACGGACAAAAGAAGGAUCCAGGAGAACAUCGCCAAAAAAAGGAGACAGAUCGAAGAGGAGAAAUUAAAACUCCAGUACAUGAAGAAGAAAACCCUGAGGGAGCAGUGGCUGAUGGAUGGUCUGAGUCAGCAGUCGGAGGAGGAACAGGAGACCAUGAGGCUUCAGGCUCAAGAUGAACAGCAGCAGAGUGAUCAACUGCAGAGCCACAUCUUUAGAAUAGAGGAGGAGAUUGAGGCCUUGGAAAACCAAGAGCUCAACAUCUCUGCCAAUGAAGAAGUAGUUCUCAAACGUUUAAAAGAGGUGGAGAGGACGACUGAGGACAUUAUCAAGGAGCUAAACGCAGACUUCCAGGAAGAUGAGAUACAUCAUGCCCCCCCGUCAAUCCCAGAUAUCCCAUGGUUCAUCCCACUGACACCAACAAAAAACCCUAUUGCGCAUGAGCCUGUUAGUGAAGAGCCAAAGAAAGCUACGUUUGCGAUGGAGAUCAAUGUGGAGCAUGAUAAGAGAACAGGAAAAAAUCAAGUUGUCUCUACAACAACCAUCACCCCAGAAAACAUACAAGAGAGGGGGUUAAAGGUGUAUGAUGAUGGGCGCAAGUCUAUAUAUGCUCUGCACAAAGACAGAGGCAAAAUGCACAAUGAAGCAGUUAGAGUGAUGACGCCCACAGAGGUAGAAGAGCUGCUGCAUCAGGCCACAGAGAAGAACGUACCUACUGAAGUGCAAUUCCAUCAGCCUGUCUACUCUAUACCCUACACAGCGAGCAGCAGGCCUGCAACACCCAGGACACCAAGACUAACCCCCACACCUGGCACAAGCCCCUUUCAAAGCUCAGUCUCAUCCAAAACGGGAGUUCACAUUCUCAGAGAGGAAAGCCAAGGCAGCCAAGACCUAGAAAAAUGGAAAACAACAAGCAAAUCACCCAGCCCUAGCCUUAUCCAACAGGACUCCAUGUCAAGAGUCCAAAGACAAAGAGAAGAAACCAAGCGGCCCUACACCCACAUUCCAGGAGAAUCAAAGGGUGACAUCCAUGGAAUUUCACAGUCUCACUUUGGUGCUAAAACUCUACAAGGACUCGCCAACAGAAAGAUGGAUGCGGGCAGUCCAAACACAGCAGCUCUUGUCUCAGUCAAAGCAAGGUCUGAAGAAAUACCAGCACCCAAACAACCGUUCUACACAGGUAUAGAUGGCUGCAGUCCUUCGCUAGCCAGCCAUAAGCCUGGGGUUGAUCGUGAAGCUUUGACAGAGAGAUCAGGUGAUGUUAACAGACAUUCACCCUUCUGUGCAGAGAGUAUUGCCUCUCUGAAUCUCAACACCCUGCCAGAGGAGCUAGAAUCAGAACCCGUCACCAUGAUCUUCAUGGGCUAUGAAAAUGCUGAUGACGAGGAUGUAGAUGACAUUCAGGCUGAGCUGGUGAUCAUCAGCGGUGAUGAUGAUGACGAAGCACAUUAUGCGCAUAAUAGAAGUGAUCGGGAAGCGUGUCUCUCAUACCACCCAGAGGGAUACAAGAGUAAAGUAUUCCAACCUAAAGUGGGUAUAGCCAUGGUUACAGAAUGCAGAGAUGUUAUUGAAGAUACCUAUAUAAACUGGGAGGAUUUAGGGCUCCACAAGCCAACAUUCACCUGCAAUCCUGAGAGGCACGGUCGCUACCUGCAGGGACAGAAGAUGGAUGAGUCUGAAAACACAGGCAGCAUACAUUUGGAGGAAAGAAAGCUCUGUUCAACAAGAAGAUAA